AUGUGCUGGCGCAAAGUUGGAGUGCUGGCGCUGCUGGCAAUGGCAAUGGCGUUCGUGCACGCCCAUGAAGCGGACGAGUUCGACGUCGCGGAGACCCAAGAGGCCGCACCCCCGACGCCUUCACGUACGGUGCCCGCGCGGGACUUUACGAUGCUGGCCAAGCAGUUUAUUCCCUUCCAGAACCCGGACUACUUCGUGACAGAGGCGUGCAGCUGGGGCUUCGGCAUCGUCUUCGUGCUGCUCUUCUUCGUCGGCAAGUCGCAGAACCGCAAGAUUGCGUACAAAUGGUACGGAGAUAGUUGGGUGGAGGAAGCGGAGCCUGUGUUACGCACCCAGUUCUCGUAUACAGGGUCGUCGGUAGAGAACGGUAUGGGACUCAUCGAGGAGAGUCGUAGCAACUUCAAGUAUUUCUGCACGGGCCGCCGCUUCUUAACGCGUUUCGUUGCUGACCUGGAGCUGAAAUCUCGUCACGACCUCAUCUCGCGAAUUUAUCGCAUCGUCGUGCCGACGUCCGACUUUUUGACGAUUGACGUUGGUCUCCAUGGCGAGGAAGUGGACCCGUUUAUUUUCGGUAUCUGCAAGAAGUUGGGCUUCACCGCGCUGUCCAAGGUUUUCCCUGAACUCAUUGAAACGGCGAAACAAGUCCCGGUUAAGGAGGUGCCCGAGUCGAUGUGGGUUUCUACGGACUGCACCGAGAUCCCCAAGGCAGCGCUGACGCACUCUAUCCAAGCGUCACUUAAUGAGUUGGAAGAUUUUCUCGAGUACAUUGUCAUCACUGACAUGAACAAGCAGCUGAUCAUUGGCAUGCCGAGGACGCAGAAUCACGUUCUGCGAGUCCGCUUCAAGCUCCAGGCUGGCUCCAAGAAACUGGACGUCCCGAAGGCGCUUCAGCUCGUGUUUGACCUGGUUGACGGCGUAGGAACCACUAUCAAACUGUCACCGAACGUACGUCGUUCGCCAUCAAGAGACGCGUGA